AUGUCCAGAUCUCUCACUGCAAACGAGUCAUUUGUUCACAAAACACUGAGCUCCAAGAUCAAGCUUGAGGAAAUCACAGACGUAAGAAACAUAAGCAUGUUCAUGGACAACGUUGCAUUCACCGUGCAGUCUCCACUUGCAUACGCCAUUAAGGGCACAGAUUCGGUGUUGGUCUUCGGAAACCUUACAAACCCAAUCAAUAUCGACCAGCUCAUGAAGAAAUAUACCGAGGACUCCACAAACACGCCUUCUGAUGACAUCGUUGGAAUGUACAGCAGAAUAGAUAAUCAUCCAGAAAACAAAGAAGCCAAGCAUGAAAACGAGGAUGAUAUAUUCGGUGCAGACAGCACAAGACUCUCCGAAGAUGACAUCAAGCUCAUAGGCUCGCAAGUCAGCGUCCCACGGCAUGAAAUCAUCAAGGCACUUGUGGAUUCUGAUUACGACGUAGUCGAUACAAUGAUGAAGUUGACAAAAAAAUAA